AUGUGGGUUAAUGGGGAGCUUUUCUCCUGGGACCCCAUGGGCGAUGAGGCGGACAGGCUGCAUGUCCCCUUAAACACCUUUACCCGGACCGAUGAGCAGCAGAAGUUUGCGAUGAUGGUGGGAUGUACAGAAGGAACAAGCGGAGGCCCGGGAAGAGGGACCGAGGAGCUCGGACCUGAGCACCCGGGGUUGGAACAGGAAACUCGCCGCCAAGCGGUUAACGAUAUCCGCCGCUUUGCCGCCAGGCUGGUUCGAUGCACCUCGGAGCGGGUGGGCAUUGCCAUCGACCCCACCAAGUUGAUCGAGACGUUGACCAACGAGAUAAUUGGAAUGCCGGACAUAUAUGAAACCUACAAUUCGGAAACGGCACUCGGCGAGUCACUCGGGGGUUCUUCUACUGGAGUCCAGGAUGGGCAGCAGUUGAGCAAGGCCAUCGACCGAGACAUGAACCUUUACGGCCCAGACAUGGUGAUGCUGAUUGUAGCCCCAAACGACACACGCGGUGCAACCCGUAAGUUUCACCAGGGAGCCCGGGAGACAGCAGACCCGAAAGACCUGAAGGGUUUCCUGCGCGAUAACCCAGAGCCGGUUCAGGAAAUCGUGGGGGAAAAGAAGACGGAAUCAUGGACCUCUGUCAAGCGAACCAUCAGAGCACGAUCGUCCCCAACCAAGGCGGAGAGAAAACCGAAAGCCGCAAAGCAGUCGCGGUCUGGAGACGCAACCCGCACCCCUGGAGCUGACAAUACUGUCGAAGCCCUGACCAACCUCCUGGGUGGACGACUGAGGGAGGGUGAGACCCUCGUGGAUGCGGUCAAGCGCCUGGUCGCCUCUGGGCAGACCGCCGCUCCUGAUUCGGGAGCAGGAAAAGACAGUCCACAGGUCCGUGGAGGCAACCAGCCUCAAGAUGAUCGAGACGAAGAGCCCGGACGAGGGCAGAGCCCACAGUGA